ACCUUGGUAUUAGGUAUCCAUAUCUGUGAUAAAGUAAAAUCUUUGGUCAGCAAAACCACAACGGUCAAGUUCUGUGCUUAGAGAUUUUUAUUCGACGUUUGAGUUCAGCAAGUGAAAGUUGUACGUAGAGAAUUUAUUCGUUUGUGAGUUAUCUAACGACAACAAUUUUGCGAAUUUUAUGUUUGAUUGAACUAUAGUGAUUUUGCACACUUCGAUUUUGAUUUCGGCACUACAAAAACAGGGGCCAGUAAUAUACAAGUGAAAAUCCUAGCCAAAACAUCAUGAAUAGAACGAUCAAUGAUUUGCGCAAGGCUGGUAAUGCAGCAGUGGAAGAGGAGAACUAUGAAAAGGCCAUCAAAGCCUACUCCGAAGCACUGUUGGUCACCAACAUUGGUGUGGAGGAAAAGGGAGUGCUACAUUCGAAUCGGUCGCAUGCGUAUCUCAUGUCUGCGACGAAGAACGGCGACGAUAAUGAGGCCAAACUUCAGUCAGCUUUACGAGAUGCAAAUGAAGUGAUUAUGGUUCGACCCAACUGGUGGAAGGGAUACUAUCGAGCUGGACUUGUGUACAAACAUCGGAAGGAGUGGGAUCAAGCGAUAGAGCGCUUUGAUGAGGCAUUGUCGUUAAAUAAGAAACUGGCGGACGUUCGGAAAUGUCGAGAUGAAUGUCGCUUUGACAAAUUGCAAGCGGAAAUGAAUGGUGAUGUCAUAUCGCACGGAUUUAAGGAAGAAAUCGAUAAAGUCAAUGAAGUGUAUGGAACGAAAAUCGAUGUUGAACACAUCCUAAAAAACUACGAGAAGCAGUUGGAGUCUAAAAAUCCGAAUACUCGUGCACAAGGUUGCGUAUUUUUCGGUGCCCGAUAUGUGAAAGGAAUCGAUGUUCCGCAAGAUCUCGAAAAGGGAAUUGGUCUUCUUCAGGAGGCUGUCAACAUCGGUUCACCGGAAGCAAUGGUUGAAUUAGGAGUGUGUUACAUGCAAGGAAUGGGUGUUGAACGGAACAUUAAGAAGGCGGUGGGCCUAUUUGAGCAAGCAGCUAAAGCCGAUCCGAAGAACGGGAAUGCAAUGGGUGGCGAAUAUGAUGGCAUUGCUCAUGCUCAAUUUCACAUCGGUUUAUGUUUAGAAAAUGGUACCGGAAAAACGUUGGAUCAUUAUCAAGCGCGUUGUUGGUACGAAAAGGCUUCCGAGAGAGGUCAUGCUGGGGCAGCCAACAACUUAGCUAUUUUGUAUGCGAAAGGACUAGGCGGAGAAAAAUGUUCAACGAGAGCUAAGCAAUUCUUCAGAUUGUCUGCUAGCAGAGGCAACUACACAGCAAUGGAGUCCUUGGCAUGGACAUUUUUAUGGGAGAAAGAUGUGGAGCAAGCCGGAAGCUGGUAUCUAAAGGCACUGGAAUCGGGAAAUGGACACUCGAUUCAGAACAAAGAUAAGUUUGAUAAAGCCUUGGAGAAAGUUCGACUGUGGUUGGAAAAAGUUUCAUCCGAAACUGACGCCAGUCCGGAAGAUUUGGGAAAGCUCAUUGAAACUAUAGAAAGAGUCACCAAUGACAAGCCAACUAUAUCGAAAAUUGAGGAAGUCGCCGGCUCAUCCGUUGGAAAAUAUUGGAACAAUUUCGAAGAGAUUAAAAAACGGGCGCAAAAUGGCUAUCCAUUCGCAAAAAGGCUUCUUACGUCUAUGAGCUACUUCGCCGAUAGUGUUCAUGGCUUCGAUCAAUUAUCCGCUAAGAAAGUAAGCGCUGCCGACAUCGGAUUCACGCAAGAUCAAUGCAUCAGUAAUUUGGCCAACUGUUUACGUGUGACCGAAAUUGUAGUCUUCUUCCACCCAUCGGAAUUGCCACGCCUGUUCAAUCUUUGUGAGGCUAGGAUAAGUAGCCGAAAGUCGGCACUAGAUUUGGAUGCAAGAGUUGUGCACUGCUUUCUGUUGUCUGUGUCGCAGAAUUCCGAGUUCACUAGUUUUGCGCGAGUGUGCCUGCAAAUGUAUCCCGACGAGAUAUUCUUUUAUAAGAUGCAAGCUGCUGCGCUAGCUCUCCGGCAAAAUUUCGAAGCGUCAAUGAAAGUAACUGAUGAGGCAUUGCAAAAGUUUCCGAAUGACGAAUGUCUACUCUACUGUAAAGCCGGCGCAAUGAAGAUGAUAGAGUCAUGCGGUAAGGAGAAGGUAAUUGCUGCAUUCAAGGAGUUCAUCAAACAUGCUCCAUUUGACGAGCGGAUGAUCCCAGAGGCCUACUAUAACAUGUCAUUUUACGCAUCUGAUGAUGAGCAAGACAUCUAUUAUCAAAAGGGCAUGGAAGCCGAACUUCAAAUGCUGCCAUGUUUGCUGCCAUACCAAUCCAAAUCCAAGUCUUUGUUGGACGCAUUAAAUGCCUUCGGGAAAAUGAGUAAAUCUGGAGUGCCGAGAUCAGCAACAACCAAGUCAACGGAACCAAACCUAAAGUCAUCGGCAGCUGUGUCAAGUAAUUUGCAAGUGACGAAUCCUGCACGCGUUCAAUGCGUCCAACGUCAUCGAGAGACGCUGAAAAAAAUGACGGAAAUGAUGAGCACCAAAAAUUUUUGUGCCUCACUCCUGAGCAUCACUCCGCAACACGAACAAAAACUUGCGACAAGUUCGGAUGGCUUCAAGGCAAUCACUCUACGAGACAUGAAUCCACAUAAAGACACGGUGUACACGCAGCGUCUCAUCAAUCUUAUGAUCUGCGAAGAUCCAAUGUUCGGUUUGCUAUCGGCUAUUCACGUCGUUGUUCGCGACGACAAUGACGACUGCAUCAACUGUUCCUUCUACGACCUUGAUCAUUACAGCCAAACGGUCCGGCAAAAUCUUGCCUUUGGAUCAACGAUCACGGUUCUAAAUCCAUACUAUCGUUUGGCAUCGGAUGGUAGUGUCGCGUUGCGUGUGGAUCACCCCAAGACGAUUAUCUACCGCGAAUGUGGAAAAAACAAUCCGGUCUGUCGGUAUUGUUGGAAAGGAAAUCCGCAGCAUGCGUGUGGCAGCUGUAAACGAGUGAAGUAUUGCAGUCGCAGUUGCCAGACGGAUGACUGGAAAAUUUUGAAACAUAAAAUGAUUUGCGGUUUGAAAUAUUUUGGUGGCAAGUAAAUUUGCGGUGGGCGGUUGUUAUGUUAUCGGCGUAACACGGCUUUUGUUGCACGCGUAAAUAUUUGUUGAAGAAAACUUUUCCUUUUAAUUGAUUUUUGGUUUUAAUAAAAAGAAUUUUCAUGA